AUGGCAGGAUCAACGACAACGGACCUGAAACUGCCCAAAUUCGACGAGCUGCCCCUGCAUUCAAGCCAUCCCCUUCACUCGGCGUGGUUUGUGUGGGGAGAGGACGACCAGCUGGGAUGCCUCAACCACUUGACUCCAGCACGCGUUAGGAAUGCUUCAGCCACCGAGAUCCAGACCGGUGUUUCCGUGGGCUUGAACUGGGGCCUGGACCAGAUGAAAGUGCCGCCGUUUUACCGGACCAAGCUGAGGCAUGAAAUCCUCCAGCUUGGGGAGUGCAUCAAUGACGACAGCCUCGAGUUCAACACGCAGACCAGCAGCCAGUGGGACGGUUUCAGGCAUUGGUCGUUCCCCGAUGGGAGAUUCUAUAACGGAGCAACGCAGGACCAAGUUCGAAAGGGCACGUCGACCAGGAAUGGCAUUCACGAAUGGACCAAGCGAGGUAUUGUUGGGCGAGGAGUCUUGAUUGAUCAUUACGCAUGGGUGACGGAGCGAGGGGAUCAAGGCUACGACCCCUGGGAGUAUCACAAGAUCCCCGUAUCAGAGAUUGAGGCUAUUGCAAAGGCCAGAGGCAUUACAUUCCAGACAGGUGAUAUCCUGUUCCUACGGACAGGUUUCGUCCACAGAUACCAGACCAUGCCCCUGGACGAGCUCACGGCCAAGAUGGAACAACCAGAAUACUUCUACCCUGGGCUCGAGGGCUCCCUAGACUCCCUCCGUUGGCUCUGGGAGACUCGCUUCGCCGCGGUCGCCGCCGAUAGUCCGGGGUUCGAAGCCUGGAGUGCCGGUCUCGGAGACUCGAGCGAGCAGUUCCGCAUGCACGAAGUCAUUCUGUCCGGGUUUGGCCUGCCGAUAGGGGAGUUGUUUGACCUUGAAGCGUUGGCACGGGAGUGCAACAAGCAGCAGAGAUGGACGUUCUUCGUCACCAGCAUGCCCUUGAAUGUACCUGGAGGUGUAGGGAGUCCCCCCAAUGCUGUGGCGAUAUUUUAGGAGCAACCGGGCUUGUGCCCACCCUUCACGUGGUGAGCCACAGCUCGAACCUUGAGCUACAAGAACCUCG